ACUUGUUACAGUGAAGUGACAGAUGAAGAGCAAAACAUGUCCUGGAAGGUGUUGUUCAUUAAGUUGUUGUUGUUGCAUUACGCAACCCAGAGUCGACCCAGAAUUACUGCAGACUGCCAUGAAGAUGUUUCUCUGAGGUGUCCAGGUGUUGACCUCAGCCAAAUGGAUUUUCUCUCUGUCGCAUGGUUCAAGAGAGACAGUAAGAUAAAACACGGCAUCGUCAGGAGGCAUAAAGAUAAAGACGGCACGCGGUACUACAACUUCUCUCGUUCACCCAAACUCGAGUUUGGAGAGAACUACAGUCUGCGGCUGCUCAGGGUGACACCUAACGACUCGGGCACCUACGAGUGUGACAUCAGCGCAAAUGUAGGUGGUCGAAAUCAGAAUCUUCAAGUCGACCUAACAGUUUACGAGUGUGCGACCCCGGCGGACCCGACAACGACAGCUGUGUUGAACAUGACUCAAGGCCAGCUCUGCUCCAACAAACAAGUGGAGGAGCUGCCUGUCAUGUGGAGCAUCAUAGGCUACUUGGCAGUGGGUCUCGCCAAAAUCGUUGUAUCCCUAAUCACCAUUUGGGUUAUUCGAGCAGCUUGUACAAGGUCUUCAAGAGGACGACGGCGGCAAAAGUGGUGAAGCUGACGUGUGGGAUCAUGUAAAUAGACUCACUCAGUGGUUCCACCAGGGGCCCGGGAGCCCACAGGUUUCCUUGAGAGUGGAAAUCCAGAAAAAGUAUACAAUUAAAUUCACGAUAGAAGUGACCUGAUGUGAGUUGGAGUCAUAAGAGUGGAUGCUCUGAUCUGAAUGUUGCAGUUAGUACGGACAAAAAUCCUCAAAUGCCUUUAGUGUUUUAGGUAGAGGUAGAACACAACAGAAUCAUAUUUUUUCAUAAUUUGUCCCAUUCAUUAAAUGCUAAAAAAAUUAAAUAUGAAAGUAUUUCAUACAGCAAAAUUUACACAAAUAGUGUGUUUAUAUAAAUUAUGUAUAUGAAAAUACGUUACUGUAUUACUUACUGUAAAUACUUGCUGACAGUUAGCUUUGCUCAUGUAUAAUGAUAUGUUGGUUGAGUUCAGGCCGUCAAAUGGAUUAAGAAACUUUGCACACAAAAAAGUAAAUGUGUAAAAUUACCAGUAAAAUUGUCUUUUUCAUGUUAAUAUGUAACAAAUUCUGUAAAGGAAAGGUAAGGGUACACUGGAAGAGGAACUGGGAGAUUGAGCGGUGCUGUUUUCAUAUGGUCCCAGUAUGUGCAUUUUAUCCUGCUAUUUUUUAAAUAUAAUAGUAUUUUCUAUUUUUCUAUAUUUCCUAUUUUUGCAUUUCUAAUUUACAUUACUUCACCUUUUUUUGAGAGAAAGAGCUAUCUGUGUACUUUUACCAGUAAAGCAGUUAAUAAAAAUGUGUCACCAAACCGCAUGAUUCCUUUUCAUUGGAAUUAAAAGAGGUCAAAUUAACCAGAUAGUUAGCUACACAGAAACAGACUUUAGAGGAUGUGAGGCCACUUUAGAGGAACACAAACCACAGCACACCAUGCACACACACCACUACAGAGGAAACCAACACCUAUUUGUUGUAGUAUAUGGUAUCUAGUUGAAUUGUGUGUUUAUAUUGCACAGUGAUUUAAAUAAACUAACAAAGUGUAAAAGGACAGGUCUCCUGAAAAUCAA